GGCGAAUAGAGUGCGGUGGUGACGCUAUCCAUCCGCCAUCUUUGAAGAUCGGACGAACAACCUUCCACGCGGACGGAAUCGAUGAGUAAAUUCCAUUCCAUCCCGUAACAAGACCUCUUAAAAGCAGUUACGACGUCCAGGACGAAUCCAUCGGAUGCAACCCAGGCAGGGACCGCAACCACUACCGGAUUUCCCUCGCCAAAGUUCAGGCCACUCGCGGAAAGCAUACACGUCGCUAGAGCGAAACGAACGACGGUCGUUUGAUUCAGCCAGCCUAGAAGUCGAUCACUUCGCAGAGAACCUCCACGUCCAUCCUUCGGUUCAAAAACAAAGCCUUCCCUCGGAAGGCUUUGUUUCUCUAUUUACAGCUAAUCCACACACGGAUAGUGGCAUCGGACUUGUUCGAACCAGGUGCGACCGCGAGGUGGCUGCGAACUAUCGGUCGGGAGUUGAGUCAAGCCCGGAGAGGGCCGAACCACUGGUCCACCGAAAGACGCCUUCGACAGCCGCAGUAUACGACACUGAGUUGCAACCGCAAGUCUUGGUCAGACGUCGUGAAGGCAUAGUACACCAGCGAGCGAGCCACGGCUGCACUGCAGGGUAGUGUGGAAUCAUGUGCGGAAGGGUGACAUCCAUGAUGAUGGCGGCGGCCAGAACAGCGAUUACGGUAGGGGCGCCCCAAUAGUGAGUACAAGAUGGAAAAUUAGCACAUAAGUAGAAAUUCAAAAGAGAAAAGGAAGGCAGGCAAGCUAGAGUAGGAUGAGGCUUAGAAGGAGAUAAGAAAAUGUCCUUUGAAUAAAAUAUGUACACUUUA